CGAGUGUAGGGUUGAGGUGGCCAAGUGAGCCGACCAAAGCCCCGAGUAGACCCAAUGGGAUCUACUCGCAGUCAGCCCUGUCUUACCAAGCGGCUGAAGGAAAGGCGCUCCAGAGUCGAAACACGCGUUGCUGUGCCAAAACGCCGGGUGCAGUCGCUGAAGUAUAUUCAGGCCGGCUUGUCUCUGCUGACGACGUUCGAGCCGGAUACUGUGGCAUGCUGUGCCAUUAUCGAACCACUUCUCUGAUUUUUCAACAAAACAUCUGUUCAAGAUGUCUGCUGCAAACGGCUCCCUGCUACGGGAUGCUUUAGUGGUGGUGGGCCCAAAGCGGUCGAGGUUCACGCCCAAGGCUCUCUCAGAACUCCGUUCGGCAAUCACACGCAGCCCAGACCUAGGCUUCCUCCACGAGGCCAUCACGGGACUCGAGUCCCUGUGGCCAGCCAUUGUCGUCGCCCAUCCAGCAUUGAAGCAAGUCGACGGAAAACAGAGCCUCCACAGCCUUGGCCAGUUUCUCAAGACGGGGGAGCUGGACACUCUCACCCAGACGGGAUCCCGCCACGAUAACAUCCUGCUAGACGUGGUCACGGUGCUGUCCCAGAUUGUCGACUUCUGGCGCCUGGCCACGACCAAAAUACAGAAUGGGAUUUUCACGCCCCUCAAGUCCGACGACGCGGGCCGCCACCACCUGUACAACAUCCAAGGCUUCUGUCUUGGCUUCUUGGCCGCUGCAGCCGUGGCCAGCGCCAAGAACAAGGCUGAGUUUGAGACAAAUGCCGCUGCAGCCCUACGUAUCGCAGUCUGCACCGGCGCCCUCGUGGAAGCCGACGUCGUGGAGCUGGGCAAGUCGGGCGCAAAGCCGGCAUCUCUGUCGGUGGGGUGGAGCUCGCAGAGUGACUAUGAGGGGCUCGGCGACGUCUUGAAGUCGUACCCGAAUGGAUACAUUGCCUGCAUGACGGACGCCACCCGCGCCACGGUAACCCUUCUCGGCCACGAUGUAGAUCCCGUUAAGCAACAACUUUCGGCACUCGGCCUGACAGUCCAGUCCAUUCCCCUUGAGGGUCGGUACCACUACCGUCCGGCCUAUGAGGACGGUGCUCGCUCGCUCAAGGCUCUGUUCCAGCGGGACGCGCGAUUCCAGCUGCCCAAUGCCGCAGCGCUAGUCCUGCCGCUGCGGUCAAAUGCCGACGGCGGCAUCAUUGCCGAAGGCGCCCUGCACGAGAUCGCGCUCGAGUCCAUCCUGCUGCGCCAAUGCCGGUGGUAUGAGACGGUGCGCUACGCAGCCUCGCGCAGUCGCAUCCCAGCCGACGACAUUUUCCAAGUCGGCGCUGAGCCGGCCGUGCCUCGCUCACUGAGCAAGGCAUCGUCCUCGUCGUCCUCGCGGUCGUCCUCUUCCGGUCAAGACGACGAGGCCACACAAGACAGUUCCACGCAGGACGACGCCUCGGCCGUCGCCAUCAUCGGCAUGUCGUGCCGCUACCCCGACGCCGACUCGCUCGAGGAGUUCUGGGACCUCCUCCGGGACGGCAAGUCGGCGGUCCGGCCGCUGCCCUCCGACCGGUUCGACAUCUCCGAGAUAACUCGCGAGCCCAAGGGCGGCGCCUUCUGGGGUAACUUCCUGCGCCGCCCAGACUUGUUUGACCACCGCUUUUUUGGUCUCUCGGGGCGCGAAGCCAAGUACAUGGACCCGCAGCAGCGACUGACGCUGCAGGUGGCAUACGAGGUGCUCGAGUCGGCCGGCUACUUUGGCGUCGGUGCGUCGUCGGACAGGUUUCCGGGCGACAUCGGCUGCUAUCUGGGAGUUGGCGCCGUCGACUACGGCGACAACAUUGCCUGCCACGAUGCCACGGCGUUUUCGGCGCUGGGCACCCUGCGGGCUUUCAUCAGUGGCAGAGUGAGCCACCAUUUCGGCUGGAGCGGGCCGUCGAUCACGUACGACACGGCCUGCUCGUCUGGUGCCGUGGCGAUACACUCCGCCGUGACGGCGAUACGGAGCGGAGAAUGCUCGCUGGCCCUGGCAGGCGGCGUCAAUGUUAUGACUAGCCCGGCUCUGUCCCAGAACCUUGCUGCUGCGUCUUUCUUGAGCCCGACAGGCGCGUCCAAGGCUUUUGAUGCCAGCGCUAACGGAUACUGCCGGGGUGAAGGCGCCGGCCUCGUGCUCCUGAAGUCGCUGGCGCGUGCCCGUGCUGAUGGAGACUCUAUCCUGGCUGUCAUCACCGGUUCUGCCGUCAACCACGGCGCAAACUGCUCCCCUAUUAGUGUGCCAGUCUCGGCGUCGCAGAGCGCGUUGUACAAGAAGGCAUUGUCUAUCUCCGGGACUAAUCCCAAGCAUGUCAGCUUUGUCGAGGCCCAUGGUACAGGCACGCCUGUUGGUGAUCCCAUCGAGUGCGAGAGCAUCCGGCGCACCUUUGGCGGCUCGGAUCGCGCGCAGGAACUGUUCCUUGGCUCCGUCAAGGACAACGUCGGGCACACUGAAGCGGCGUCAGGUGCUGCCGCGCUGAUCAAGACGGUGCUGAUGAUGCAGAAGCGCGCCAUCCCGAAGCAGGCCGGCUUCACGCACCUCAACCCCAAGAUUCCGCCCCUGGAGCCGGACCGCAUCGCUGUCCCUCGCCAAACACGGCCUUGGACUGCGGAGCGCCGCAUCGCCGUGGUCAACAACUAUGGCGCCGCCGGUAGCAACGCCGCCAUUGUCGUAGAGGACGCAGGCCAGACGUACGCCGCCCCAGUUGCCGCAACGAAUGGUCGUGGUCCAGUCUUGGCAGCGUCCGAGCUGCCAUUCUUCAUCUCUGCCAAGACGCCCGACAGCCUGAGAGACUACUGCAAAGUCCUCAAGACUAGUUUGGCCGACAUCAAGAAGGAGCACGGCGCCUCUGCGGUGUUGAACUUGGCGUACAAUCUCUCCGCCAAGCAAGCCCGCGGCUUCGAAUACAGCUACAGCUUCACGGCAUCUAGCCUGGAAGAGGUGGCUGCGAACCUCGACCGCGCGCAGUCCGUCGCCCUUAGCAAGACGCCGAUCCACCAACGGCGCCCAGUCGUGUUCUGCAUCGGCGGCCAAACUGGCCGGACGGUGCAUCUCGACGAGGAUCUAUUCCGCAACAGCAAGCUCCUCCAGAAACACGUCAACACGUGCGAAAGAGCAUGCCAGACCCUCGGACUCGCAAGCCUGUACCCAACCAUUUUCAGCCCAGAGCCGGUCGACGAUCUGGUCAGCCUGCACAGCCAGCUCUUCUCGCUGCAGUACGCUAGCGCGCGGGCGUGGCUGGACAGCGGCCUGAGAGUCGACACCAUCAUCGGCCACAGCUUCGGCCAACUCACGGCCCUGGUCGUGGCCGGCGCGCUGUCGGUCGAGGAUGGGCUGCGCUUCGUCACGGAGCGCGCACGCCUGAUCCAGGAGUCCUGGGGCCACAACACGGGCGCAAUGAUAUCGGUGCAGGGCGCCAGAGAUGACGUGCACCGUCUCCUUGACAGAACAAAACUGCAGUAUUCGGCCUUGGCCGUCGAGGUCGCCUCCUACAACGGCCCGCAGCUGGUUGUCAUGGCGGGCGACCACGCGUCGGUUGAUGCUGUGGAGGACGUCGCGAGGGCCGCCAGUCCAGGCGACUUUGGCGGGCCAGUCAAGGUGGUCAAGCUGAAGACCACACACGCCUUCCACUCGAGACUGGUAGACGGCAUCCUGCCGCGUCUUGCCGAGGUUGCCGCCACGCUCAAGUUCCGGAGCCCGUCCAUCCCCAUCGAGGCGUGCUCGCGGGAACCUCAAGACUGGACAGUGGCGAUCGACGCCGAAACCCUGGUGCAGCACAGCCGCAGGCCCGUUCAUUUCAAUGACGCGAUUCACCGCAUCGAGGCUCGCCUGGGCGCCUGUGUGUUCCUCGAAGCCGGCUCGGCGUCCGGCAUCGUUCAAAUGGCCCAACGGGCCCUGGUCAGCAAAGCCGGCAGUGAGCACGUCUUCCAACCCAUCGACAUCGGCCCGUCCGACUCUCUUGACACCCUGGCCCAAGCCACCAGCAACCUGUGGGCGGCCAGCGUGAGCGUGCAGUACUGGCCCUUCAACCGCAGCCAGAAGGACGGCUUUGCGUGGAUCAACCUGCCGCCGUACCAGUUCCAGAAGAACUCGCACUGGAUUGAGUACAUGACGCCCAAGCCAACCAUCGUGAUUCAAGAGGCCGCGCAGCCGGCUGUCAAGGAGAACAACGUUGCGCCGCAGCCCCUGCAGCUGCUUGACCCGCUCGAACGCGACGCCAGUGGCAGCUCUACAUUCCGCAUCAACACAGCGCACGACAUGUUCACGUACUGCACCCAAGGCCACGCCGUGCUGGGGCAGUCUCUGUGUCCCGCAUCGCUGUACGUCGAGAUGGCCGUGCGCGCAGCUACCGCCCUCAGCUCGAGCGCUACCCCCCCUGAGUCGACUCUAGCGCCCUGCGUCAGAGACCUCAAGAUCUCGGCGCCCCUCUCCAUAUCGUCUACCCGCAGCGUCUUCCUUCAGCUUUCCCCUGCCAGCAACCCCAGCACUCUGGCCUUCACCGUCCUCAGCCGCAGCAGCCCAACAGCAACCGCGUCGACCAAGCACGCGACGGGCACGGUGUCCCUGCUAGCGCCCGGCACGUACCUGGACGCGCCGCGCCUGCAACUCAUCCGCCGCCUCACGGGCAGCCACGGUAAGCACGGCGACGGCAAGCUGGCGGCGGCGCCCGGGGCGCACGUGCUCAGCGGCAGCAUCGUGUACCAGGUGUUCGACCAGGUGGUAGACUACAAGCCGUACUACCACGGCGUGGAGCGCAUCGUGGCCAGCGGGCACGAGGCCGUCGGGGUCGUGCGCGUGCCGCCCGGCGGCGGCGGCGAGGGCGCUCAGAAGCAGCACCCCGUCAUGCGCGAGGCCAGCUGCGACCCCAUCGCGCUCGACAACUUCCUGCAGGUGGCCGGCAUCCACGUCAACUGCCUGUCGGAGCGCAGUGCCGACGACGUCUACGUGUGCACGGAGCUGGCCGAGAUGUUCAUCGGCGACGGCUUCCUGGCCAAGCGCGGCGACGUGGCCGAGUACCGCGUGUACACGUCGUUUGAGCAGGGUGCCGGCAAGACGCUGGUCAACGACAUCCUCGUGUUUGACCCCGAGACGGGCGACGUGGUCGUGCUGUUCCUCGGUGCCGUGUUCCAGGGCGUGCCCAUGAAGAGCCUAGCGAGGACGCUAGCGAGGCUGAACGGCAGCGAUGCGGCCGAGACUGAGACUCGGCGCAGCGCUGCUGCCGUCUCACCGGCGGUGCAGGGUCCCGUUGUGCAGAAGCCGUCUAGCUAUGCGAGCACGCCUACCCCUGUUGCCGCUGUUCGUGCUCCGCUUGUAUCGACUACCCCGACACCGGUGUUGGCCCAACAGCCCAGGGCGCCGGCCAAGACAAAUGGAGUAUCGGCUCCGGCCAAUGCAGAGGCCGACUCGGCCCUUGUGUUGCGGCAGGUCCGCGAGCUUCUUAGUCGCGUCAUCGAGAUACCUCUCGACGAGGUGAAGCCGAGCGUGUCAUUAGCCGACCUCGGUGUCGACUCGCUGAUGAGCACUGAGGUCUUGAAUGACAUCAAGACUCAGUUUGACCUUGUCAUCGCAGCCGAGCAGUUCCUAGCGCUCGACGACGUGCAGUCGCUUGCCCGGCUAGUCAGCUCCGUUACGAGCAAUGACGACGAAGCUGCUCUUCCGGUUCCACAGCUGCACCAACAGGUACAGCAGCAGCAGGACGCCAUCGCGGCUAUUCCGCAGUCCGCAGUGCCACGGGGGCCGAGUGUCAACGGCUUGUCUUCUUCGUUUGCUCAGAUCCAAGAGUUCCUGAGUAGCCUGCUCGACAUUCCCGCCGACGAGAUCGCUGCCGACACGUCUCUCGACGAUCUCGGCAUCGACUCCCUGAUGGCGACCGAGGUGCUCAGCGAGAUCAAGAAGCGGUUCGGCGUGACGAUCCUGGCCGAUGAGUUCCAGGAGUUCCAAGACGUGCUCGCCAUCGCCUCGCGCUUGCAGGCGUCGUCCGGUGCCUUCACGCCGCCACUGACGCAGGGCGAGAUGAACACCCCCGUCCAGGUCAACGGGCACGCGACAAAUGGCCAGACAACUAACGGACACACAAACGGGCAUGCAGCUAGUGGGUAUACCAAUGGGUAUACUAACGGGCAUACGAACGAACAUACAAAUGGAGAGCAUGAUAUCAGCGACUCCGAGUCUGAGUCCGACUCGUCGGCAGCGGUCGCUCACCGCAGCUUCGACAGCGUCAAGCGCGAGUUCGAUCCCAUCAGCCGCGACGUCGAGUUUGCCGAUUUUUAUGCCAAGGUCUACCCUGGGCAGAUGCAGCUCGUCGUUACUUACAUUGUCGAGGCCUUCCGCGACAUGGACUGCUCGCUCGACGCGCUCCGCCCCGGCGACAGGGUCGGCGACAUCCCAGUCCUCGCGAAGCACCACAAGGUCAAACGCCGCAUCUACGAGAUCCUCGAAGUCGGCGGCCUCGUCAAGCAAGACGCGUCGGGUGCUUUUGUCCGCACCGCUGUCCCCGUCCCGACUACUCCAUCAUCGCAGCUCCACCCUCCCCUCGUGGCCGAGUUCCCGCAGCACGCCUAUGAGCACAACCUGCUGGCCUCGACCGGUUCCAAGCUGGCCGACUGCCUCACCGGCCGCACCGACCCUCUGGCCAUCCUGUUCGGCAGCGCCGCGGCACGCACUCUCAUGGAGAACGUCUACACACACGCGCCCAUGUUCAAGGCCGGCACCGUGAACCUGGCCCGCUAUCUGGUGCAGGUCUUCAACCGCUUCUCCUCGGAGCGGCCGAUCCGCGUGCUCGAGCUCGGUGCCGGCACCGGUGGCACGACCAAGUACCUGCUCGAGAGCCUGCUCGGCACCGGCCGCGCGUUCGAGUACACCUUCACCGACAUCUCGCCGUCGCUGGUGGCGGCGGCCCGCAAGAAGUUUGCCCAGCACGACUGCAUGCGCUACGCCGUCCUGAAUAUUGAGCAACCGCCCCCCGUGCAGUUCUCAGGACAGUACGACAUCGUGCUCUCGACCAACUGCAUCCACGCUACCAAGAACCUGACAAACUCGUGCACCAACAUCCGCGCCUGCCUGAGGCCCGACGACGGCGUACUGUGCCUCGUCGAGCUAACGCGCAACUUGUUCUGGUUCGAUCUCGUCUUUGGCCUACUUGAGGGCUGGUGGCUGUUUGACGACGGCCGCCAGCACGCCCUCGCCAGCGAGACACUAUGGCGUGAGCACCUGGUGCGCGCCGGCUACCGCUGGAUCGACUGGACCGUGGGCGCCUCGGACGAAUCCAGUGUGCUGCGCGUCAUCACCGCGUCGCCCGCCGACCUCUCGUCCCUGUCCGACACAGACACGCCGGUGUCGACGGAGACGGUCGUCUUCAAGACGGUUGGCGACCUCGACCUCAACGCCGACAUCUACUACCCCUCGAAGAAGCAGAGGGGAGGCGUCCAGGUCCGCCCGGUCGCCCUCAUGAUCCACGGCGGCGGCCACGUCAUGCUCUCGCGCAAAGACAUCAGACCAGCCGGCACCGCCACCCUGCUCGCCGCCGGCUUCCUCCCCGUCAGCAUCGACUACCGCCUGUGCCCCGAAACCACGCUGCCGGCGGGCCCAAUAACCGACGCCCGCGACGCGCUGGCCUGGGCACGCAACACCCUCCCCCACCUACGCCUCCGCCGCCGAGAUAUCCGCGCCGACGGCUCCCGCGUCGUCGCCAUCGGCUGGUCCACAGGCGGCCAUCUGGCCCUAACCCUCGGCUUCACCGCGGCGGCGGCCGGCAUCCGGCCGCCCAACGCCACGCUGGCCUUCUACUGCCCGUCCGACUACGAGGACGCCUUCUGGCAGCAACCUAACCUGCCGUUCGGCCAGAGCCGCGACUCCCUCGCGAGCUACGACCUGCUCGAGGGCGUGCGCGCCCGGCCCAUCGCCGCGUACAACCCGCCGCCCACCAAGCGCGCGCUCGGCGGCUGGAUGAGCGCCGACGACGCCCGGUCGCGCAUCGCGCUGCACAUGAACUGGACCGGCCGCUACUUGCGCGUGCUGCUCAACGGGCUGUCGCCAUCGUCGGGCAAGACAAUCGGGACGGACCCGACGGACGCGCUGCCCGAGCCGAGCGCCGAGGCCGUGCGUGCCGUCAGCCCGCUGGCGCAGAUCCGCGCCGGCCGCUACGCCGUGCCCACCUUCAUCGUGCACGGCACGCGCGACGACCUGAUCCCCUGGCAGCAGGCGCGCCGGACGUACGAGGCGCUGCGCGAGCGCGGCAUCGAAGCUGAGAUUCGCAUUCUGGAGGGUGCGGUGCAUUUGUUUGAUCUAUACAGGGCUUACGAGACGGAUGAGGCGGCGCAGCGGGCUGUUGCUGAGGGCUAUGAGAUGCUGGCGAGGUGGGUCAUGUGAGAGCUGAGAGCUGAGAGCUGAGGGGUGUAUUGAGACAAUUAGAGGGGGAUGCAUUGUUUUGUUUAUUAUUUGAUUUUUACUACCAUGUAUUUUCGCCUGGCACAGGCUUGUUGUUUUACAGAUUACAGAUUGAUCACACUGGCCAUUGAUCUUUUUAUUACCCCCACUGGCCAGUCUAUGUUAAUGCUAGCGAGCGUUUAUCAAUUUAGGA